UCGGGGCCUGGGGGGGCCUGGGCUUGGGACUUCACGGGGUUGUGGCGGCAGCGCGGUGCCCCCCUCAGCUGCGUGGCGGCCGGGAGGGGUAUCUGCUGGUGUCGUCCUCCCCUAGAGGGGCUAUGGGUUCCUUCGGGUGAUGUCAUCUGUUAAUAGCUCGGUUAUUGGGGACUCUGACAUGGAAGAGUUUAAAGAUGGAAGCCCACCUGAAGAAUUACUUGGUCACUUAAAGCUUUCUGAUCAGAAGGCAUCGCAGAGCACCAGCUCGUUGGCUUCUGGCCCUAAAGAUAUCCAUAAUCCCCAGAAUACAGGAAGUGGUUAUGCAGCAUCUUCAGCCAAAGAUCCCACGAUAGCAGAUGAGUGUUUCCAUGACUGUCAUGAUUCCUUUGAGGUGAAAGAACCUAUACUGGGUGAUGAAGGGAAUAUACAGAAUGAUGAGAAUAGCACAAGGAAGCAGACAGAACUAGAUGAAGAAUACUUACUGGAACUAGAAAAAGAUAUGCCAGAAGAAGAAAAACAGAAAAGAAGAAAGGAGAGCACGACACUGAAGGAGAAAGGAAAUGAGCAGUUCAAGAAAGGAGACUAUGGAGAGGCAGAAGACUCAUAUACGAAGGCUCUGCAGAUUUGUCCAGCCUGCUUCCAGAAAGAUAGGGCUGUUUUGUUUUCAAACAGAGCUGCUGCAAAAAUGAAGCAGGACAAGACAGAAGCUGCCCUAAGUGACUGCAGCAAAGCAGUGGAAUUAGAUCCUAACUAUAUUAGAGCUUUGCUGAGGAGAGCAGAACUAUAUGAAAAAACAGAAAAACUAGAUGAAGCUCUGGAGGAUUAUAAAACAGUCCUAGAAAAAGACCCAUCAGUUCAUCAGGCCAGAGAAGCUUGCAUGCGAUUACCUAGACAAAUUGAAGAACGGAAUGAAAAAUUAAAGAAAGAAAUGUUAGGCAAACUGAAAGAUCUUGGGAAUUUGGUUCUCCGCCCCUUUGGCCUGUCAACAGAAAAUUUCCAGAUAAAACAAGAUUCAUCAACUGGUUCAUAUUCCAUCAAUUUUGUUCAAAAUCCAAACAACAAUAGAUAACGUGAAUUCAUUCUAGUUCUGCUGGCUUUCAGGCUUUGUGACCGUGUGCUUGCACGUACCACUAAAAGGAAUCAGCACUCUAUCCAAGUGAAGAUAGACUCAAGCAUUUUCAUUUCCCUGCUUGUAAAAUUAUUUACAAUGUGGAUGUACAGAAAGUAAUUUGACUUCUUAGUGAUAACUAUGUCCAGCGUGUAAUUUUUCACUUGCAGUUUUUGGCAUGUCCAACAGUCAGGUUCAUUAUUUUGGCCCAUGCAAUGCUGGCAACAACAUUCUAGCAAGUAAUUCAGUUGAAUCAAUGUGCACUUAUGGCCAAGAACAAAGCCUAACAGUGUCUUGGGGGAUGAAUGCAUCUAGCAGCAGCACUUCUCCACCCUCAGCAGGUGGAUAUGACUGACAGCAUGCAUAGAACCAAGCUGACCUCUUCUGUGGAAUAUUUUUUCUUUGUAAUAAAGGCUUGGUAUUUCUGUUGGUUUGCUUUGUGAAGUUCUUGCCUUGUAUGAAUCCUUCCCAUGGGGGUAGUAUUGUUAAAAAAUGCUUAUAAAUAGCGUACUUGCAAGACAUCACUUUGAGCCGUUUGAGUUGGUUUCUCUUGCUUAUAGCAGCAUCAGACACUACCCUUACCUCAGAGUUUGUUUACUUUUUAUUUAUUUUGAAGAUGACAUGGACAUUACAUGCCAAUAUAUAUACACCUUGUAACGGUACCCCGAAGUUAGUGAAAUUUGCUUGUCUGAGAUUUAUUCAUAUCACAGCUGUCCAUAGUGGCCAACAAGUGACAUUACAGUUGAUUGCAAAAGAUUCUUGUAGACUUUGAGAACUUUGAAGCAUCUAUCUAUAGAUAGAUGCAU